AUGACAAAUCAAUACAUCAAAGACCUUCCUCGUCUGCCCCCAGCACCCACAUCCCCAAAGCCCAAAGGCAAGCCGCGUGAUCCAGCUCUGCCGCCGAAGCUCGGCAUCAAGAAGCGCAAACCACGCCCCAACUCCGUUGUCUCCGCCGCUAAUCACCGCUUUCAAUCACCUGCUCCUUCUUCCACUACACAGAGCAAUGCAUUUCGUCCCCCGCCGGUCGCUUCAGCCCCUACUCGUCGUACCAGCGAACGGGCAAAGUACAAGCCUCCUGAGACUGAGGCCAAGCGCAAAGGACUCAGACAUUUCGCAGUCAGAGUCAGUCGCAAAGUUGAGCAGAAGGUCGUCACUACCUACAACGAAGUCGCCGACGAGCUUGUAAAUGAGGAAACAAUGAUCAAGAAGCAGGAGCUCUCAGCAGGAGGCCCCGCUGCAGCUGGGCUUCGGAAGAAAUUAGAAAAGAGCGGCAAUCUCGUCGAUGAGAAGAACAUCAGAAGAAGAGUAUAUGACUCAUUGAACGUCCUCAUGGCCAUGGGCAUUAUCGAAAAAGAGAAGAAGCUCAUUACUUGGCAAGGCCUUGCCAUGGCACAGUCAGCAAGGGGUAACGGCGAAAUCACAGCUAUGAAAGCUGCGGUUGCGGAGAGGCGUCAGCUCAUCGAAGAAAAGGCUCGAAUUCUCGCUGGAAUCAAAGACCAGUGCUCUAGAACGGAUCUUCUCAUUGAGAGAAACAAGGACAACGCAAAAGUUCAAGACUUCAUUGCAGGCCCCGAUAACUUGCUGCCAGUCCACCACCAUCAUCCUGACCGCAUUGGGUUGCCGUUUGUCGUCUUCGUGGCUCCUAAGGAUGCCACAAUUGAAUGUCAAAUGGAUAAGCUAAGGGAGGAUGUUAGCUUCACGUUUGACUCAACUUUUCAAAUCUUCGAUGAAAAGGAGAUCUUGCGUCGCAUGGAUUGGCUUUCAACAACGUCGCCGCCCAUAAGCGAAUUUAACGAGCAUGGCCUCGCGAACCAUUUGUUUACAUCUCCGUCCCAAUCUCAUCCUCCUUAGCUCGGAAAAUCCGUCACUCGCUGGCGAUGACGUCAAAUGUCUAUUUGCUUUUUUUGUUUUUGUCCACCUGCAACUGCCGUGUGGUGAGUCUUAGCCGGCUGCACUCAAAGGAAACUGAUACCAAUGAUAUCCUCAUUGCAGUCUGGAGCUUAACGACUUUGAACUUCUUGAAAACCGCACGACGUGUACAGUGUUGCAUUGUUUAGGGAACCAAUAAAAGUAGGCGUUCAUCUAAAA